UUGACAUUCAUAAAUCACUUGUUUUUGUAAUUAUCAAAAUUUUAUUAAAUCCUCUAGUAUUUUCACAAUAUUUCAUACAUAAUGACUGAUCCAAUUACUGGCGAAGGGCCGAAAUUAGUCACAAAGAAUGAAUACAUUCAAGUAGCAGGAAGCGGUCAAGAAGUUACAAGUAGUGACAAAGUGGUCCAAGAAAUUUUAAAUACAUUCACAGAUUUGAGACAUUAUUCUAGAGAAAUAGAAAAUGAACUUAGAAAUACAGAAGACCAAUCUGUUAAGGUUUAUAUGAAAGAGAGUGAGAAUAUAGCAAGUUUACAUAACCAGAUAUCCGCUUGUGAUCAGAUAUUAGAAAGAAUGGAAAACAUGUUGUUAGACUUCCAAAAUGAUCUUGGAAGUAUAAGUUCAGAAAUAUUAACAUUGCAAAAGAAAUCUAUUUCAAUGAGUCAAGAACUGACUAACCGUCAGGCAAUUAGAGGGCAACUUAGUCAAUUUAUUGAUGAUAUAAAAGUACCUGAAACUCUGAUUAUGGGAAUAAUGGAUCUUAAUGUCACAGAUAAGGAAUUUUUGACUCAGCUUCAGAUUCUAAAUCAUAAAAUCAGUUUUAUUAAAGAACAAAGCUUUAAAGAUACAAAGGCAUGUUUGGAUGUAAAAGAUAUUUUAGAAAAGUUACGAAUUAAAGCCAUGUCAAAGAUAAGAUCCUAUUUAUUAGAGCAAAUAUCAAAAUUUAGAAAACCUAUGACCAACUAUCAAAUCCCACAAAAUAAUCUAUUGAAAAAUAAAGGGCACUAUGAAUUCUUAUUAUCAAAUGAAAGAAAUAUAGCUGAGGAAAUAGCUAAUGAAUAUAUAGACACAAUGAGUAAAAUAUACUAUUCAUAUUUUAAGUCAUAUGAGGCCAGAAUUAUGAAAUUGCAAUAUGAAGAAAAUAUUACAAUUGAUGAUCUUAUGGGAAUAGAGGAUACAGCCACUAGAGGCAUGUUUAACAAGUCUCUUAAACAUAAGACAACAGUAUUUUCUAUUGGGAACAGAGGAGAUGUUUUGGCACAACAAUUAGAAGCUCCUAUUAUUGUUCCACAUGCAGAAACAAAAAAUAGGUUUCCAUUUGAAGCUCUGUUUAGAAGUGUUGAAUAUGCACUAGUAGAUAACGCCUGUCGAGAAUACUUAUUUAUUAGCGAAUACUUUAUUGUCAAAAAUCAAGCUGCACUUGACUUAUUCUACAAAAUUAUGGAAAAGACCCUUACACUUCUUCAGAAAAACUUAAAAAGCUACAUUUCAUCUUGCUACGAUUCCAUAGCCAUAUUUUUAUGUUUUCAUUUGGUCCUAAGAUAUAAAAUAAUGUGUCAUAAACGAUGUGUACCAGCUUUAGACCAGUAUUGGGAUAUUUUGGAGAACAUUCUUCUGCCCAGAUUUGAGUAUGUUGUUCAGUUGAAUAUAAAGAGUAUACGCGAUUGCGAUGUGACAAAGUUUAAUCUGGAAUUAGGUCCACAUUAUAUUGCAAGAAGGUAUGCCGAGUUCAGUGCAGCUUUGGUUAGUAUAAGUGAAAACUUUCCCAACGAGCUGGUUAGUAAGCUGCUAGCAGAACUUCAAGAGGAAGUAGAAAUGUUUAUUUUAAGAAUGGCUGGAGUUUUCACAGAACGUAAAGACCAAUUGAUAUUUUUAAUAAACAAUUACGAUAUGAUUCUCAGUAUAAUCAUGGAAAGGACUCGAGAUAAUUCAAAGGAAGCGGAAGUAUUUAAAUCAAGAUUAUCUGCACGAAGUGGAGAAUAUGCAGAACAGAUCCUAUUUCCACAUUUUGGUGAAAUGAUCCAGUAUGUAAAAGAAUGUGAACAUUAUUUUGAGACUUCAAAAAUUAAAGAACUGAAAGCAUUAGAACCAAAAUCAGUUGAUAUUGUGACCAAUUUUACUAGUAAUUGGAAAAGAUCGCUGGAAGAUCUUAACAGAGAAGUUUUAUUAUCAUUUCCGAAUCUCGUCACUGGCUCUAGUUUACUUCAGUUAGCUCUUACACAAUUAGUGCAAUAUUAUCACAGAUUUCAUAAAUUAUUAACACCACAAAUAAGGUCACAACUUGUAAAUAUACAUCUUAUUAUGGUAGAAAUGAAGAAGUAUAAAACUUCUUUUUAAGGAUAAUGACACAAAAUCAGUAUGGCGAUACCAAAUUGGUACAUUUUCCAUUUGUUAUUUUUAUAUUAUGAAAUAUUUAUUUAAUAUAUUUACCGAAUACCUUA